UGGUCCGCCACUACCUACCGUCUGCAGAAAGAGGUCGGUGCAUGUGUGGAAGAAAAUGGCGCACAAAGGUCUCUUCGGACGGGCUUUAGAAGACACGUUCAAAGUCACGACAUCGAGAGACGGAAGCAGAAGCUUUUUUGGUCACGACGACAGAACGUCCUCCGGAUCCAGAGACAGAAGCGGUGGGUUCGGGUUUAACCGAGAUCGAGGCGGCGGUGGCGGUGGAUCUUGGCGCGGCGGCUACGAUCAAAACCGUGACGGGGGAUACAGGUCACGAGGCCGCGGUGGACAGUCCAGAGGUUCCAGUCGUAACAGAUACCGAGGAAACCGCCGGGGAGGAUGGAAGAGGGGAGGACGGGGAGGAGAAGGGGGAGGGCCGACGCCCAGGUCCAGAUUUGAAGAUGACGAGGGAGAUAUUCAGAUGUCUGAUGACGGCUCCGAAUCUCAACAGAGUCAGAGAUAUAAUCCAUAUGGGCGUCCUGAGUCGAGACGCUCCAACCGCCCUAAUCAUUCCGGUCGAGGCCGUCGCGGGGGUGGGGGAAGAGGGGGGUACAGAGACCUGGACGCACCCAGCACCAGCCAUUCCAACAGAGCAGAGGGAGGGGAUGAGGAUGGCUGGCACAAAAUCACUGUCCUUCAAGGCAAGAGAAAUGACAAAAAUUGGUUGCUGAAUACGCUGCAAAAAAUGUGCCCAGUACCAUUCCAGCCUACAGAGUAUCGUUUCGACAAGAACAACGUAGUUUUCUAUGUUCCUGACAAGGCUACGGCCGACGGUCUAACUGGUAUCAGCAGGAAGAUCAAGACUCGAGAGGGCAUUAAGUUGGUCGUCUUAUCCAGACCCGAAACACCCGAAAGUAUCCGACUGGUGAACAAGACCACAAUGGAAGCAAUAAAACUGUGCAUGGCAAAGAGGUUUGAUGCGACCACGUCUGCGCUCAAUCUGAGUAACCUGUUCGGAGACAUUGAACUACAAGCACAAGACAUCCGUGUGGCCCUGAGCAGAAAAAUGUACAUGAACUCAGUGAUAGCAAUCAUCAAGGAAAAUGUGCCAGUGAUUGAACAUCUUGAUAUGAGCAACAACAGAUUGUUCCACUUGGGGGACUUGGCUGACCUGGUGUCUGUCAGGAAGGGUGUAAAGUACCUGAACCUCUCACAUAACGAGUUGAAGAGUGAGUUUGAGCUGGACAAAAUCAAGGACUGGAAGCUGGAUGAACUCUGGUUGGAUGGGAAUCCCGUCUGUAACCACUUCAAAGAGCAGUCAGCAUACAUCAGCGCUGUGAGGAAGAGGUUCCCCAAGGUAGCCAGACUGGAUGGUCACGAGCUCCCUCCACCCAUCGCAUUCGACUUGGAGUCAAACACAGCACUGCCUGAGACCAAGGGGAGCAACUUUGACAACAAUGACAUGUGCAGGAAGAUCAUCAUGGAUUUUCUGGAAAAGUACUUUAUAGUGUAUGACUCUGAGGACAGACAAGGUCUACUGGAGGCCUACCAUGACCAAGCAUAUUUCUCUCUGUGUGUGUUUUCACCCCUGAAUGCUCCACACUACCAGAGGAAAUCACUACAGGAUUUCUCUCGAGAUUCCCGAAAUCUCCUGUUUGUGAGAGACCUUUCCCAACGAGUGAAAUACCUGAAGCACUCUCGUCUGAACGUGGUGGCUUUCCUGAACGAGCUCCCGCACACGCAGCACGACCCUAACUCAUUUGUCAUAGAUGUGGGCGUGGCUAUGAACUCACUUAUGUGCUUCACUGUGUCUGGAUUAUUCAGAGAAGUGGUGAGCAAGUCAGGUGGCAACCCUCCCAUCCGGUCCUUCUCUCGAGUCUUCACAGCUGUACCAGCUGCACAGGGGUUGUGCAUUGUGAAUGACAUGAUGACCAUUUCUGCUGCCAGCCCGACACAAGAGAAGGCGGCGUUUGCCUCCCCAGCCCCCACCCCGUCCCCCAGUCCAGUCCCCGGGCCAUCGGGACUGUCCGAACCCCAGCAGCAGAUGGUCAAGAUGUUUGCUGAACAGUCCGGCAUGAACGAGGAGUGGUCACAAAGCUGCCUGGAGCAGAAUGGUUGGGAGUACAACAAAUCUGCUCAAGUCUUCACAGAGCUGAAGGGACAGAACAAGAUUCCACCCGAGGCAUUCCUGAAGUAAAAAUCAGCCUCUAAGGCUACAGUAUGUUACACCUACACCUAGAUGUAAGGCAAGAUUAUCAAUAGUGGGGAUUGAAAAUGGCACAAAAUGACAAUACAUGUAGACCUUUGUGCCAUUUGAAGUGAAUUACUUUAGCUUUGUGUAGUUCUGAAGGAAAGUAGGAACUGAUAUUGUUGUAAAUUGUUAAUGUUCUAUGUUUCUAUGUAUCAAAGACUUCAGUACCAUACAUUUUGAAGCUAAUCAAUAUAUAGCUAUUCAGAGAGUCUGUACAUUAGUUUUCUUUAGUUUGCCGUGACUUUUUAUGCACUUGUACAGUUUUGAAACAAAAUCAUCCAAGCCUCGCAAACAUUUUAAUGACCAGUGUGACUUUUUUUAUUGUUGUAGGAAAACCCCAGAUGUAUGUGUGUGAUGAGUUUUGAGACACAAAUUAAAAAUGUGCUUAUUUCCUGUUCAAAUUUGUACCUCAAGAAGAUAGUAUACAUAAGAAAGAUGUUUCAUAUUCUGCAAUACCUUCUUGUACAUGUAUUCCUACCAAAUUAAGGACAAAAGUUCCAUGUAAUCUCAGGUAUAAUCAAAGUAUGUACUACACAAAAGAUUAAAACAUAGAGAGCGCUUGACUUAACUUUGAUGUAAAGAUGUCAUCUAAAUUCUAAUGGAAACCAAAUAAGCAUAACUUAAUUGAACUUUCAAUUUGCUUUGGUCGGCAUAUAUCAAUUUAAUGGAUUUAUCCCACAUAUCAUAUACAUUUGUACAUGUAAACAUUCGCUGUUUUAUAACCGAAACCUCAGUAUUGUAUGUAAAUGUUUAAAAGCGGGUUGACAUUCUUUUGUAGUACACUUGUAUUAAUGUUGUUGUAAUUAAAUUUUACUGGUAUUUUUCUUGAAUGGGAAGAUUGGAGUAGCUCUUUCAUUUGAAUGGCAAUGCUCAUUGUUUUUUGUAUCUGAAGUUGGUGCUGUAGUUCAAGAGUUCUAUCUUGAGACAUACAUGUAUGGAUGAAAAGUCCCAAAAUCGUACUGUUGUGGUGUAGUAUAUCAGCCACAAAAGUAUUUUCAAUCUUGUACUUGCCGUUUGCUGGUGGUCUGUUUUUUAAUGAAGAAUUUUGUUUUACAAAAAAGAGUAGCAAGAAAAGGGAGAUGUAUGUGGGAUUCUGGUUUAAAGUGUAUUUUCUACUCCCUCCCAGAGAUAUAUGUGCCUUGUCGUUGGUACCCUGGUAAAUUUAUGUGCCAAAUGUUACAAAACCAUGUCUAUAUGUGCAUUAAGUUACUGUAGUCAUGAGUAUAAUCUCCAAGCAGAUCUUUUGGUGGCUACAAGACAGUAUCAAAUUGACAGAGCAGUAUCUGAUAUGCCACCGUAGUUUGGCAAAAAAGGUACUAGUACAAAAAAGAAACCCAAUUAAAACAGUAAAAAAUAAGCCAAAACCUCUGCUUGGAGAGUAAGCCAUAAGGGAGUAUGACGUAAAAUUGCAAGAACAGAAAUUGUCAAGACCUAUUGAAUAUUGUCUAAUAACAACCAUGUAUGUUUGUGUAAAACAAAGAUAACAUUCAACUUCUAAAUAGAUACAAUAUAAUAGGAGGAAAACCUACAUUCACUUCUACCUGAUUUCCAAAGAUAACUGUUAACUUUGUAAAUGAUAAUCCCAUGAAGACGGCAAAUGUAAGACCUUACUUCAGACCUCGCAAUAGUACUUUAUGUACUGCAAGAGUGUGAAGAAAAGAUAGACACUAAAAGAAACUGGCUUGAGUUUGAAAAACUAAGAGGUCACAGAAAUGAAUGUACGAAGAAUCAAACUGAUAGAACAUUGUGUAACAACCAAUAAAUCUUUUAUUCUGGAGCGAAUAAAAAGAGUGAGAACAAACUGUUACUUAAUUUUUUUAAACAUUUCUCACGUUCAUUUACCUAGGCACCCAGUGAUUUCAGGGCUGUAAAACUCGAUUUUCAGUCAAUUUUCUGGUAAUUUUUUUGAUAUAGCAAGUUGAAUCAAUCCUACCCCAUAGCAUACAGAUAUAUGUAUGUGGCAAAAAAGCGAUGUCACUGAUGGAAAAUGGUUCCUUGUUUGUGUCAUUGCUGGUUCUACCAAUUUAUUGGUGUCAGAAAAAAAAAGAUGCCACUUGUAGCUUGUUUUUGGGCUACAAUGUAUUUGAAAUGCUUCAAGUGUAAAAUGAUGACGAAAAUAUACAAAGCGAUAGCAGAAAAUGUCAAUAUCAGAUUUCCUCAUCCGGCAUAUUUUGUAUUGUCACCCUGAAAUUGCAUUGGAUGCCUUAAAUGGUUUAGUUCUGUCCUUACCAGUUGAGCAAUUCUGUGUGCUUCCCUCUAUGAUUUAAGUUUCUACUCUGCUUAAUGCAAAGCCAUGUUACUAAAUGUUUGUCUUAUGAGUUGCUGGUACAGGGUAUGUAAAGAGGUGUAGUACACUUGGUCAUUCUUUUAUGAAAGAAGAAUAAAAGUCAAAACUAAGUCAAGAAAGUAUCCGAACACUCAGCAGUCAUUCUUCCAACCUUUCGUAGAUCAUGUUGGCCUACGUUUCACUGUUCGUCACGAAAUACAAACCUUCGAGGAAGUUCACAGCCUUUAUUUUAACAACAAAAUCGGCAAAUAACCUCAAUCAAGGUUACACCAACUGUUCAAGAAUGUAGGUACAUGAAAUGCUCUUUCAUGAAAUUUUCUCAGAAUGAUCAUUUUGAUCAUUUCUACUGCAAAGGCUGGUUUAUAAAGCUGAAAUGAUUUGACAAGAAGUGGACUUAAUAUGAAUAUCUGACUUCAACUGAGAGUCCUACAUUGAUCUGUACAUUCAGUAAAUGAUCACAGAAAAUAUUAUGAGAGCUUUUAUACAGUAGUGCAUUUAAACCACACAAAUCAUACUAUAUGGCACAUAUUUGUGGGCAUGUCAGGCAAAUACAUUGAGAUUUUACAAGUAUAAAUUAUGAACCUUAUUGUACUACAUAUAUAAUAUCUAGAUCUGUGAAGAAAACAUGACUUAGACUUCUGUGUUCCAAAAUUCCUUCUUGAGUAGAAAAAGCCUUUGUAAACUGGUCAUACAUGUAUAUCACAUAAGCACAGUGGAGGCCAUACAGAACAUUGCACGUUGAUCUGUAGUCAUGAUGAAACAGCCAAACAGAGAAAUAAUGUCCAAGAUAAGCAUUAUAGAAGCUUCAAGAGCCUAUACAAUCAUAUGUCCAACCAUAAUUAUUGUAUACAAGUAUGGUAUGACUUUGACCACAUACAUUGCUAUCUACCAUCCUAGAAAGACACUUCUCUCAGUGUUACAAAAUGUGCACAGAAUGCUUCAUUUUCCCAUAUAUAAACAGACUUUUUCUUUCUUGUGAUACCAAGUACACUCCUUUUUUCUUCCAGAUUGCUAGAGACAAACAAGAGUCUUUUACAAGUACAAAUUCGAUCUCUUACAAGUACUGCCCAUACCUAGGGUUGCUGACUCUGUAGUGUAGAAAAGCGUGCCAUCCCAAUAUUCCCAAACAGAUAUAUAUUUGCAUUGGUACUCUAUAUACACACCUCAGUAGGAAAGCACUUGUUUUGAAAGGUCAGUUUAGCAACAAGGAUGCUCAUGAUAAAGAUAAAUAAAUUCAUGACAAAAAGAAAGAUUCUCUUUAGUUGCACCAAGAUCUGGGUGUGACAUCCUUGAAACUUACAAAGCCAAACUUUAGGCUUAAAAUCUUACAUAACCAUACUUUUUGCUGCCAUAAUUCACA